AUGGUUUGCCGUCCAUUCCAAUGUACAAUUGUUGAGAUUUCGAUUGGUAGGAAAGUCUUGGAUGCAGUGUUUGGCAGCAGGCGCUCUUCGAACACCACUGUUUCAGGAGAAACAGGUACUGAGAAGAACUAUGCCGCUUGUAGUACAGUCGCAAUAGUAAGCGUUUGCGCCCCACUGGCGUCAUUGUUAGCACUACAGCUCAGGAUGAUGUGCGCGUGUUUGAGCACUGGCGGGGACAGGCACAAAGGUCCAGUGGAGGUAGCAGGAGGGAAGCAAUGCCGUUGGAUGAUUCUCUGCUCCCCAAACCAUGCAGGGAAUCCUGCAGUGGUAUUAAAAGGGCCAGUGGCACUGUCGUACCCAUGGGUUGCUGCUCAAGUUGCAGCUUCUUGGGCUUAA